AUGGAAGGUGCCUCCAGCUUCCAGUCAAGCCAACCCUGCCAUGCACAGUACGGCGAGCAUUGGGGCGAGGGCGCAGCCCGAUGUUUUAGUUUGGAAGCUGACAUCUUGGAUGAGGACCACGCGGUUCGCCUGAUGCCAGUGCCAGACAGCUUUGCCGGGCGCACAAUUUUGGUUGGUGAUUAA